GGAAACUGAAGGGUCAGUCAAACGGCCAUUAAUGCAGUGUAUUGUGUGUCUGCUUGCGAUCAACGACUGCCUCAACACUACCCGUACGCACCCCUACUCUGAUAGUCGCAGCACUGAAUACAACGCUAUCAUAAGCGACACAAAAGCGUGCAUUCAUUGCAUUCAAAGCCAAUACACAUUCAAUACAUUGCUUUAGCCGGCGAUCUGUCCAUCCGUUUCGCACUAUUGUCCACUCAGUUGUCAUUUGCGGCCACUUUUAUACCCGUUUCGCGACACUAACGACACGUUAUAAUGCAGUCGACGGGAACUGAAGGCGACGGUAUGCCUACAUUCAAGUGUGUUCUGGUUGGCGACGGCGGCACCGGUAAGACAACGUUCGUGAAGAGACAUCUGACCGGAGAGUUCGAGAAGAAAUAUGUCGCCACACUGGGAGUCGAAGUACAUCCGCUCGUAUUCCACACAAAUCGAGGUCCGAUUCGGUUCAACGUGUGGGACACCGCCGGUCAGGAGAAGUUCGGCGGCUUAAGGGAUGGCUAUUAUAUUCAGGGCCAGUGCGCUAUCAUAAUGUUUGACGUGACCUCUCGGGUGACGUACAAGAAUGUGCCGAACUGGCACCGGGAUCUGGUCCGCGUCUGCGAAAACAUACCCAUUGUUUUGUGCGGCAAUAAAGUCGACAUCAAAGAUAGGAAAGUGAAGGCAAAGUCUAUUGUGUUUCACCGGAAAAAGAAUCUACAGUACUACGACAUUAGCGCCAAAAGUAAUUACAACUUCGAGAAGCCGUUCCUAUGGUUGGCCCGAAAGCUGAUCGGAGACCCGAAUCUGGAGUUCGUGGCGAUGCCAGCGUUGGCGCCGCCGGAGGUGACAAUGGAUCCCGCGUGGCAGAAGAAGCUCGAAGAGGACAUGAUUCAGGCACAGAACACAUCACUUCCCGAUGACGACGACGAAGACCUUUAAUACCACAAGAGUUUUUGUUUUUUCUAUUCCUUUAAACUGAUUAUUAUUAUUAUAAAUAUACAGAUAAACACAUAAACACCGCUAUUAUUAAUAUUAUUAUUACGAAAAACAUCUCGAUUUAAGUGUUUUCUUCAAAUAAUACCAAAAUUUAAACUUUAUUUUUGGAAAAAACAAAAUUUUCGU